UUUCCCUACACAACUUCUCUUGGAAAAAUUUCUCCUGCGGCGGCGCUUCCUCCAUGACUUCUUCCACCGUGAGCAGAUGGUUAAGGCCUGAGGUGUAUCCUCUCUUUGCAGCAGUUGGUGUGGCUGUUGGCAUUUGCGGAAUGCAGCUUGUUAGAAAUAUCUGCACCAACCCUGAAGUGAGGGUGACCAAGCAGAAUAGAACUGCAGGAGUACUGGAGAACUUUGAAGAAGGUGAGAGAUAUGCAGAACAUAGGCUAAGGAAGUUUGUUCGCAACAAAGAGCCUCAGAUCAUGCCAUCUAUCAACAAGUUCUUCUCUGACCCAAACUUAGACUAGGAAGCUUUCAGCUUAUGAUGAAUUUGAAAAAGUCAAGUACGAUGAGAUAUUGAUUUUUUUGGAGACUCAGAAUAAGACAUUUGCAGAUUGCAAGUUGCCAAGUUGGUUUAUGAACUCAAUUUUAUUGAAUGAUAAAUUAGAUUAUAAUUGCAAAUUGAAAA